GACGCCCCCCCCCCCCUCCCUCCCUCCUUGACAGCAACUGCCAUCUGCCGCCUCUUUUUCAGUUUAAAACCCAGCAGAUUAUGUCCCACAGACUAUAGCUUCACUUGGCCCGGCUGAAAUAGCGUCUCGGAAAGCAGCUGCGCAGAAGAAGAAGUCAGAAAUCAACCCCGCUUUCCGCAUAUUGCGCUCAGCCGACGAGAGCCCGCGGCCGCGUGCACGCGAGCCGUCUGCAGAGACAGACUGCAGGCUCAUAAAGACGAAGCGGAUUUGAAUUAAGCACCGGAUAACAUCCAGCGACUGUGCAUCCUUCGGUGAAGGAGGGAGGGAGGGAACUGUUUUGUAUCUUGGAAGCCCUGGGUUGGGAGAGGGGGAGGAGGAUCGGAGAAUGAGCUAUUCCUGUACCGGCAUCGGCAGCAGCCAGGACCCAUCAACCGCUAAGAAGCCUGCCGGUAAUAAUCCGGCCAGAGACACCGGAGGCGCAGACAGCAGCAGCCCGAAGCAACCGGCGGCAAUGAAAGUGAAGAAAGGCUGCAACUCGACCGACGUGGGGGGGGUCCCGGUGACCACGGAGGGGGACGUGCUCGGCAGCACGGCGAUCACUCCGGAGGAUGUGCUGGGCUUGCAGAAGAUCACGGAGAAUUAUCUUUGCAGCCCGGACGAGAAUAUUUACAACAUUGACUUCACCAGGUUCAGGAUCAGAGACAUGGAGUCUGCCACGGUGCUGUUUGAAAUCACCAAACCUCCAUCCACAGGAGAGAAAAAGGACAUUGACCCAAACGCCGGCCGAUUUGUCCGUUACCAGUUCACCCCCGCUUUUCUACGACUGCGGCAAGUUGGAGCCACUGUUGAGUUCACGGUCGGAGACAUGCCGAUAGAAAACUUCAGGAUGAUUGAGAGACAUUAUUUCAGAGAGAAGUUGCUCAAGAGUUUUGACUUUGAGUUUGGCUUCUGCAUGCCCAGCAGCAAAAACACCUGUGAACAUAUCUACGAAUUUCCACCUCUGUCUGAAGACAUCAUCAGAGAGAUGGUGCUGCACCCGUAUGAGACGCAGUCCGACAGCUUCUACUUUGUGGACAAUAAGCUGGUGAUGCACAACAAGGCGGACUACUCGUACAACGGCGGGACGUAGAGACGGUGUGCUGACACGAGAGACGGGUGGAUGUACGGACUGACCUGGGGAACGAUCAGAGUACACUGGUGGGAUUAAAAUCCUGUCAAUCCAGUAGUCUCUCUCUCUUUCUCUCUCUCUUUCUCUAUCUCUUUCUCCCGCUGAGAGAACAAACGCCAUCCAGAAAAGGGCCGUGUGUGUGUGUGUGUGUGUGUGUGUGUGUGUGUGUGUGUGUGUGUGUGUGUGUGUGUGUGUGUGUGUGUUAGCAUGUAUAAGUUUGGCAAAGCCUAAAAGCUACAAACACACACACAGUUCACAGCACGGCGUGGGGUCGCUGUAACAAAGGGUUUUUGUAUGAUAAACCAGCAAGUAAGCAACUUUUUAGGAAAUAUCCGAUGGAUUUUCGCUCUCUAGCCACGUCGUGUGAUGUGAAAAAAAAGUAAAAACUCUGUAUCUUCAAAUAUUGAUAGAUUAUUUAUUGUUUUGUCAUUGUUGUAUGCUAGGGUUUAGGAACAAAUAUUGUAACUAAACUUGUGUGUUUUGAGGACUUCAGUUCUUCUUCUCAGUUUCAGUGAGUGAGCUUUUUGGAGUGUGUAUGUUUGUAUACUUUGUAUGACUGUUUGUGUCUGUCAGUGUGAUGCAUGAUUAAUGGUCUGAUAAGAAUAGAAUAACUUAAAUGUCAAUAAUGUGGUCAUUUGGUUUCUAAAGCUUAAAUAGAUUUUUGAAACCUGUUAGUUCAUCAGACCUGUUUCCUUUGUUCUUUAUUUAUUUCUCGAGUUGUGUAACGUGUAUUACCCGUAGGGCGUAUGUUUUUAUUGUUUUUGCUCAAAGCACAACAUACAGAGCCAACAAAGGGGAAACUUUUAAAGAUGAGCUAAUCUUAUAUGACUAUAAAUGUAACUAGUUGUAUUUUUCAAGCCUCAUGCUGCUUUGUUUAGUUCAUAAAGAAGUUGUUACAACUUUUGUUAGGUUGCCUAUCUGAGUGGAAGAAACAUGUCAUAAGAGAAGAAAAGGAACAUUUUAAUUUUUAAAUAUUGAUAUGUUUCAAUCAGAUUUGUUGCACAGAGGAAAAAUAUAAGGGGAAUGUAGCAGAAAUCACCCUAAAAUCCCAUAUAUAUUUUUUGUUUAAAGUCUGUUUCUACAUCAGGCUAUUCAUGUGUUGUUUCUCUAAUUUCUGCCUCUCACACAUUCCAGUAAGUUAGGACCAGAGUGUGUUGAUCUCUUGUUAUUAGAGGGAAUCUGUCACAGAGAAUCAGUGUCUUGGGAUGCCUCUAAAUUGUAGUAUACACACUUGGCUUUCUCUAUGACUGUGCUGAGACACAACCUGAAAAAGUGUGCAAAUUGUUCUUUUAUUUUAGCCUAUCUGCAUAUACUCUUUGAUUUCAAGCAGUUUUUAGUGAUUCUGCAGUAAAAAUCCACCCGUCUGUUACAGCAAGUGCAGGUGAGGUCUGUAAGUUCAGAGAAACUUACAUCAAUGCACCUGUUGUAUGUUCAACACAAGAAAUGAGAGGAAAUUAAUUCAGAUUGUCAUUGGGGCAAAGGGAUCACACUCUGGGUGACUUUUUCUUAGUCUGCAAGUUGCUGAUUGUCAGUUGAAGGGAAUAAAAAGCUAAAAUUGGACUCUGUUAAUCUGAGAUAAAACUGACUUGAAUGUUAUGUCAAAAAAUGUAACGGAUAAAGUAGAGCAGAUUUAUUUUUGACUCAUGUACAAAUUAUUUUGAACUGAUGAGUUCUUGACUAUUCAAAUGUUGGGUAUAACUGAACAAAAAUAAAAAAUGAAUAAAGAUUUAUGGGACAUUUGAAA